AGCGCUGCGAACGUGUCCAAAAGGCCUUGCUCUUCAAAAUAAAAUGGAAAAACUUUAAGACAUUCGCGAAACGGACUCAAGAACUUGAAUAACACUUCUUCGAUUUUGGUGUUAAGUGAAAAAGAAUAAAAAAGAUUCCUAUUGAAAAGGAAAACUAAUAUUUUCAAAAUGACUUAAAUGCUUAUCAAACAAAUAAGAACAAUUUUAAAUGAGAAAAAUAUCAAAGAAUCUAUAAAUAUAUAAAGUAGCUGAAAUUCAACGAAAUACACAUCUAAGAAAAGUGUCCUCCAACCCAGAAAUAAUUAUAACAAAUCUAUCAAAACAUAAAAUUGCCAAAAAAAACGCAAUUUUGUCAAGAAACCUCAUCAUGCCGCAUGUGACGUCACAGGCAUAAAGUAUGGAAAGCAUAUCACAAUAUUUGCCAUUUAGCUGGUUUAGCGGGCAUCGUCAAAUAGGCAGCCGACCGCAACCGGCAAAUUAGCAGGCAGUUACACCAACGUAACCGAAUCGAAAAUGGGAGGAGAGGGAGGAUGGUGGCGCGGAGGAGGAGAAGGACGAGGAGUGGUGGGCAGGAAGGCCAACAUAAAGGGACACUCGACACCGAACCGCAGGAACAGCAGCACCAACGCGACCAAGGGCAGUGUCCAUUCUGGCAUUCUGUUAUUUGUGCUGACAGCGCUGACACUAACGAGCUUAAUAGCGCCCACAGAGCAGCUGACAGUGGCCCCAAAUGGAACCACUCUGCAGCAAGAGCAGCAGCUGGAGUCCGUGGAAUCCGUAUCAUCCAAUCCACCGUUGGCUGCCGACGACUACAGCUACAGGCCCAUGAAUGGCAGUCUGAAUGGAACGACAAUGGCGCCCAACUCGCGGCCUCGCCAGAACCACAAACAGCGAUUGCCAAAGGGCAAUGGCAGCUACUAUUCGGAGUACGAUGAGGAUGUGCGUCCGGACUGCUCCCGCAAAUACAACUUCAUCCUGAAGCUCAUCACGAUGAUACUGUAUGCCCUGGUGUGCAUCAUCGGGUUGUUUGGUAACACGCUGGUGAUCUAUGUGGUGAUGCGGUUUUCCAAAAUGCAAACGGUUACCAAUAUAUACAUCCUGAACCUGGCAAUCGCUGAUGAGUGCUUCCUGAUCGGGAUUCCCUUCCUGCUGUACACCAUUCAGGUGGGCAACUGGCCCUUCGGCGACUAUAUGUGCAAGGCCUACAUGGUGAGCACCUCGAUCACCUCGUUCACCUCGUCGAUCUUCCUGCUGAUCAUGUCGGCGGAUCGCUAUAUAGCAGUGUGCCAUCCCAUAUCCUCGCCCCGCUAUCGAACGCCCUUCGUGUCCAAGUUGGUUUCGGCCGUCGCCUGGAUGACAUCCGUGCUGCUGAUGCUGCCGGUCAUCCUCUUCGCCAGCACCGUCCAGUCGAGCCAGGGCAAUGUGUCCUGCAACAUCGAGUGGCCGGACAGCCAGAACUCCGAUACCGACUCCACCUUUAUACUAUACUCCUUCGUCCUGGGCUUCGCCACUCCGCUGACCUUCAUCCUGGUCUUCUACUGCCUGGUGAUCCGCAAGCUGCACACGGUGGGACCCAAGCACAAGUCCAAGGAGAAGAAGCGAUCGCACCGGAAGGUCACCAAACUGGUGCUCACGGUAAUAAGUGCGUACAUAUUUUGUUGGCUUCCACACUGGAUUUCUCAGGUGGCUCUGAUCAGCUCGACCCCGCACCCGUGUGCAUCUCCCCUGGAGCUGGCCGUCUUCCUGACCUGCGGAUGCCUGAGCUACUCGAACUCGGCCAUGAACCCCAUCCUGUACGCCUUCCUCAGCGACAACUUCAAGAAGAGCUUCAUGAAGGCCUGCACUUGUGCGGCGCGCAAGGAUGUGAAUGCCCAGCUGCAGUUGGAGAACAGUUUCUUUCCCAAGUUCGGCAAGGGUAGGCAAUCGGAGCGCCUUUUGGGGGGCGGUGGAAAGGGUGGCGCCCAACGUGGGGCCUUGGCCAAGAAGAAGGCCUUGGCGGUGGCCAGGAACAACAAUGCCCUGAUGGGCACCGCAACCACGACGACAACGACCACCACGGCGGGCACGGAUGCGGUGACCUGUCUUCAGCCUAUCCAACCUGUUCCGGCCGAAAUCCAGGUGGGCAAUCCGGCCACUGUGCUGGUGGUCAAUGCCGAGACCAACAACUGUAAGCCACCAGUGCUCCACACGGACUUAUAAGACCGGGCUCCCU